CAACAAUUCCCAUACGCCAAUUGACCUCUGACAGCUGCAAACAUGGCUCCCCAACGUGCUCUGAUGCUCGGCUCCGGCUUCGUUACCAAGCCCACGCUCGACAUUCUCAACGAUGCCGGCGUUGAGGUUUCCGUUGCCUGCCGAACCCUCGAAAGCGCAAAGAAGCUCUCUGCCGGCGUCAAGCUGGCCACGCCCAUCUCCCUCGACGUCAACGACGACAAGGCCCUCGAUGCCGCCGUUGCCCAGCACGACGUCGUCAUCAGCCUCAUCCCCUACACCUACCACGCCGCCGUCAUCAAGUCCGCCAUCCGCAACAAGAAGAAUGUCGUCACCACCAGCUACGUCUCGCCCGCCAUGAUGGAGCUCGACCAGCAGGCCAAGGACGCCGGCAUUACCGUCAUGAACGAGAUUGGUCUUGAUCCCGGUAUCGACCACCUCAGUGCCGUCGAGACCAUCUCCAACGUCCACGCUGCCGGAGGCAAGAUUCUUUCCUUCAAGUCAUUCUGCGGUGGACUGCCGGCGCCCGAGAACUCGGACAACCCUCUUGGCUACAAGUUCUCCUGGUCAUCCCGAGGCGUUCUCCUUGCCCUGCGAAACGCUGCCACCUUCUACGAGGACGGAAAGCUGGUCAACGUUGCCGGCCCUGACCUGAUGGCCACCGCCAAGCCUUACCACAUCUACCCCGGCUACGCCUUUGUCGCAUACCCCAACCGCGACUCCAGCGUCUACAAGGAGCGCUACAACAUCCCCGAGGCCCAUACCAUCAUCCGCGGAACCCUGCGCUACGCCGGAUUCCCCGAGUUCAUCAAGGUCCUCGUCGACACCGGCUUCCUCAACGACGAGGAGCAGGACUACUUCAAGCAGCCCAUCCCCUGGAAGGAGGCCACCCAGAAGCUGCUCAACGCCCCUUCAUCCAGCGAGGCCGACCUCGUCGCCGCCGUCUCGUCCAAGGCCACCUUUAAGGAUGACGAGGAGAAGGCUCGUCUGAUCGAUGGUCUCAAGUGGAUCGGCAUCUUCUCCGACGCCACCAUCACCCCCCGCGGCAACCCCCUCGACACCCUCUGCGCCACUCUCGAGGAGAAGAUGCAGUACGAGGAGGGCGAGCGCGACUUUGUCAUGCUCCAGCACAAGUUCGAAAUCGAAAACAAGGACGGCUCCCGCGAGACGCGCACCUCCACCCUCGCCGAGUACGGCGCCCCCGUCGGCUCGGGCGGAUACUCUGCCAUGGCCCGCCUGGUCGGUGUGCCCGCCGGUGUUGCCACCAAGCAGAUCCUCGACGGAACCCUCUCCGAAAAGGGCGUCAUCGCCCCAAUGAGCCCCAAGAUCAACGAUCCUCUGAUCAAGGAGCUUGCCAAGUACGGCAUCGCUUUCAAGGAAAAGGUCAUCAAGCACAGCGCUUAAAUCUAGAAAUAGAAGCGUAAAAAAUAAAGCAGUUGAGUGAAUAAAUACUAUUGAACUCGGGAA